UACGCUUCAUAUUUUAGCUCAGUUCACACACCACACACACAUAUAGAGAGAGAGAGAGAGAGAGAGAGAGAGUCAUUGAUGGUUGAAGAACCUCCACUCCACAUGCAUGAUCAAAGAAGCUCUUCAAUUCUUCGCCCACCAUUUGCAACGGUCCUCCAAAAUCCCCAAUCCCUACACCUUCAACAAGUCCCUCCACCACCUCAUCCGUUCCAACUGUGGUGACCUCUCUCUCAAACUACUCUUCCAAUUCCUCUCCAGAGGGUACACUCCUCCCCUCUCGUCUUUCAAUUCUGUCAUCUCAUAUUUUUGCAAACUGGGUCAUCUUAAUUCUGCGCAAAACCUCUUAAAUUCCAUGCCAAAGUUUAAUUGUUCACCAGACAUAGUUUCUUACAAUUCUUUGCUUGAUGGGUAUUGUCGUUUUCUCAAUAUUAGAGGUGCUUGUUUGAUAAUGAAGAGAAUUUGUUGUGGUGGUGGGAAUGUUAGGCCUGAUUUGGUGACUUUUAAUAUCAUGUUUAAUGGGUUUUGUAAGGCAGGGAUGGAAAGAGCAGCAUUUAUGUAUAUGGGUGUAAUGUGGAAAUAUUGUAUACCUAAUGUCGUUACACAUAGUACUUUUAUUGAUAUGUUUAGUAAAAUGGGUAAUUUGGAUAUGGGUUUCAGAGUUUUAAAUGGCAUGAGGAGAGAUGGAAUUUUGCCUAAUUCGAUUGUUUUUACAUCUUUGAUUGAUGGGUGUUCUAAAUUUGGUAAUAUGGGGGAGGCAUUUCAGUUGUAUGGGGAGAUGAGUGAAUUUUCGCUUUUGCCUAACGUGGUUACUUAUACAGCCUUGAUUGAUGGUCUUUGUAAGCAGGGGAUGUUGGAAAGGGCUGAAUUUUUGUUUUCAAAGAUGUUGGAGGAUGGGAUUAGACCCAAUUCUGUUGUUUAUACUACGAUAAUGGAUGGGCUGUUUAAGAAAGGGAAUGUCGAGAACGCAAUGAAAUAUUUGAGCAGAAUGCAUGAAGAGGGAGUUAGGCUUGAUCUAACAGCUUAUGGGGCUGUUAUCUCGGGCCUCUGUUGUUGUGGUAUGGUAGAUAGCGCAAUUGAGGUUAAGGAAGAGAUGGUGAGGACUGGAUUGGCACCUGAUAGUAUGAUAUUUACCACACUUAUGAAUGCUCAUUUUAAGGCUGGGAACUGGAAAGCAGCACUGAAUGAGUGCAAGGAAUUAUUAACUAGAGGUUUUGAGUUGGAUGUUGUAGCUCUCACAACCUUGAUGGAUGGCCUUUGUAAGCACGGGCAUCUAAAUGAGGCAAGCAGGUACUUUGACAGAGAAAAGGCAAAUGAAAUUUCUUACACUGUCCUUAUUGAUGGUAUUUGCAAGGAAGGAAAUUUAAGCCAAGUUGAGGUGGUCUUGAGGGAGAUGUCAGAGGCAGGCUUUGUUCCUGACAAGUACGUGUACACUUCUUGGAUUGCUGCGCUAUGCAAGCAAGGCAAUUUGGUGGAAGCUUUUAGGCUUAAGAACAGAAUGACUCAAGAGGGUAUAUUGCCUGAUUUGUUAACAUAUAGCUCUCUGAUUUCUGGUUUGGCUAAUAAAGGUCUCAUGAUUGAAGCAAAACAUGUUUUUGAUGAUAUGUUGAAAAAGGGGAUCACUCCUGACAAUGCAGUUUUUGAUAUCCUGAUUAGAGGCUAUGUCAAGCAAGAUAAUGCAGUUGCUAUAUCGUGUUUGCAUGAUGAGAUGAAAAAGAGACGACUUUUCGAAAAAGGAAGUUUGGUGGACGGACGAGGGUGAUAUAUGAAUUUUGUUGGUGACUUGCAGUCUAUUGAGUCAGUGCCAUGAGGAAGAAAAUCCUUUUGGGACCUUGCUUCUGGCAUUUUACUUGAGCUUAUCAGGAGGGUUUAUCUCAGAGAUUAAAAGCCUGGCAGUCAUGAUGGAUUCAUGGUCAAACUUCAUGUGCUAGUUCCACUAUCGGGUUGUUAUAACUGUGCAUAUCUGCCACAGGAUUGAAAUGAAUUAUCAUUCUCAGUGCGCAGGAUUCAAGUGAAUUGUCAUUCUCAGUACAAGUAAUGGACCAGGCUGUAUUUGUGACAUGAUUGAGGUGCAAAACAAAGUUAAUGCAAGCCAGAAGAAAUGCUGAGCCCCUUUUACUGGAAAAUGCAUGCUGCUGCACACCUGUUUACAUAAUGGCAAGGUGGUUGGAAGUUGUUCUCCUCUUUGCCUGAAUUGCAGAAUAAGAAAUCGGUUGCAGGAUGUAGAUGCUUCAUUGAAAUGAGUUGGAAAUUUAUCCUCCACAAAGUUAGGUCUGCUACACAGUCCUGUGGUACAGUUGUUUAAUGAUUGUUUCUUUCAUGUUGGCACAGUGGUUUUGAGCUCAACAUCUUGUGAAGGUGCUUGCCCAAUGCUGGCUGCGAAUGUUGAUGCUGGCUACUGUUGUUUGGCUGUUGGAAUGUCUCAUGUGGUUCAGGGUCGGCCCAACAAUAAGGCCAACCAACCCUUGACUUUAGGCCACACUUCCGAAGAAGACCUCAUAAUUUGAAGGUGUGUAGGUAGGCCAAACCAAAAAUUUAAAUUCAUAAGAAUUUAAGCCCUACAAAAAGGUCCUAUCAAAGUUUUAGCACAAUUGAAUUUUUUAAAUUGAGUAGUUUGGGCCCAUCAAUCCGGUCUAUAGCAUUAAAAUCCUGCAAAUUCAAAAUCUUUGAAAAAAAUUUGAGAAAUCUAACUGUAAAAAAAUAUCUAUUGAAAGGUGAAGCGAAAAUUUAGUACUACUCAU